AUGGACCCCAUCUACCUCAACGGUCCCUCCGCGUCCACGCCCUAUGAGCAGAUCGAGAUCGACGACGACGAAGAAGACCAGCUCGACUCGGAUCUCGACGACAAGGACGAGGAUGAGCAGCUCGAGCCCGACGUAGAAGAAGACGAGGAAGACGACGACGAGCUCCACGAAGAGGGUCUCGUCGGCCCCGGACAUAGUCCAUCCGCGAACGGGCGGCGGAAAUACCACAGAAAGAGCGGCGAGCGCGUGCCCGGCCAGACGCUCCUCCCACACACGCGGCUCGAGAAUAUUCUCCGCGCAGACGGCGAGAGUGGCCCAAUGUCCAAGGAGGCCCUAUUCGUGCUCUCGAUAGCUACCGAGGAGUUCAUCAGACAGCUCUCACGCGCCGGGCACCGUCAGGCCAGCACAUCCAAACGUUCUACAAUAAAUUAUCGCGACAUGGCAUCAGCCGUUACUCGCCAUCGUGAAUUUUCCUUCCUCAAUGACAUAAUACCGUCGCCUCUUCCCCUCAAGCAAGCCCUCGAGCGCCGCGCGCUCAAGGAAAAAGAACUCGUCGACGAAGACCCGGCGCUCUCCGCCCCUCCUGCUCCCUCGCCCCUCCCCGACCCCUCCCUCCCCACCAUAACCCUCCCACUCUCCGCCUCCGCGACCUCCUCUCAGGCACCCACACCCUCAUCCAACUCCAUGUCCGCCGACGCUCUCCCGCGCCCGAAACCCGCCCGAGCCAAACGCAGACGCACCACAAACGGCGUGGACGGCGCCCAGCCUCGCUUCACCACCGCCACUACCGACGACUCUGCCGACCCCUCCCAGACGCCGCCUUUCGCCAACGGCGCAGCCGACCCCUCUCAGGCCGCAUUCACAAACGCAGCAUCCGAACGCCGCCACGACGCGCGCGCGCGCGACAGUCGCGGGCGGUACAGCCACGGCGGGCACAGCGACAGCACGCACAGCUCCGGCACGCGACGCAGCUCGCGCCAUUCCGAGCCCCGCACCUGGACGGACCUCGCGCAUCCCGCGCCGCAGCCCCCCUCUAGCUUCGACCCGCUCCCCCACGAUCACCCUGCGCUCGCACCGAUGUACGUCCCCCCCUCCGCAUCCGCGCCCAUGCCCGCCCACGCCCACGCCCACGCCCACUCCGCGUCGCCCGUGGACGUGCAGGCGCACGGUCAUGUCGUGGGCUGGAGCGGCGCCGUGGACGCGCAAGCGCCCCGGACGCACUCGCAGCCACCGUGGCCAGGUGCGCUCGCUGGCCCGGCAAGCGCGUACCUCGAGGAGCGCGCGCGCAGUGCAGCGCCGUCUGCAGGAUCUGGGGAAGGCCCGUUCGGGCAGACGGGGCGGACGAUCUACUCGCAGCGGUGAAUGCUGCUGCACACACUCUGCUCGUGCGCGCAUGUGUGCUUGCGAGGGCUGGGGUCUCGUUGCUGUAGUUGUUGUGGCCCGUAGCUUGUCUUUCUAUCUUUCGGUCCGUCUCCGCGUUUUUUUUUGGUCUUCGUCUCCUCUGUUCGUCUGUUCGCGCUUUCUUUCACUCACUGGUUACAUACAUACUUAUUUCGCACCGCAAACUGUCUAUCACCAAGUUAACUGAGGCGGGCCUGGCCUUUCGCCCGCGUACACCACGAUUCGUCCUGUCCCACUCAUCCGAUCACUGACGUUCAACUACAACAAACGCAAAACCCAAUACAACAAGCCUUAUGU